AUGUGGCGGCUUGGCCAGUCUCAAAGUGAACCGUCUCAAGUAACAGCUUCGAAUCUAGGGCACGCUCACAGCUUCAUAACUGGGGAGUUUUCGCCCCAAAUGGCUCGCCGGGCUCCCAUCGAAAGCCCAUAUGGUCACCAGCUCACGCGCCGAGUGACAUGGCGCUCGUCCACCUACAAAAUCAUCGCCUAUCUCUAUGUGCUGGGCAUCUUGUAUAUCGUCUGGCUCAUCCGCGACCUCUUUUGGCUGCCAUUCUCGUCGUCUCCGUAUUCGAGCCAUGCUGAUCCAAACGGAAACCAAGCGUUUCCGAAAGAGUAUGUUACUUAUAUUUCCUUUCGUUUUGAGAUUGAAGCGAUAUUGGACGAAUACUGA